GCAGCAGCGCGGUGCCUCACUGGAACGUGCGUGCGGCCGUAACCCCGGCGACCCCGUUACGGACGGGACCGGUCGGUACCCGCGGGAGACGCGCUGCCCCCUUUGUAGGAACAGCGACCGCGUCCCUAGAACGACCAGCCCCCCGAACAGGGGCAGCCUCAGCGCCGCCGCCCCCGCCGCCGUCGGACUCGACGGUCGACGCGAAGGACCGCGCCGAGCUCGCGCGGCAGCCGCCCCCGAGGGCCGGCCCGCGCGGGCGUCGGGCCUACGGUAAGUACAGAGGCGCGGCCGCCGAGCGGUUGACGCACGAUGCAGCACGAAAUUACAUUAGGAGGCGACGCGCCGCGGUCCAUGUUAGCUGGAUUGCGCUUGCAGGUCGAGGCGCUAGAAGCCCUGGGCCAGACCUCGGCCGGCGGCGUCGACCCGCGGGUCGCGCGCGAAUGCGCGCGACGCUUACAAGCAUUGGCAAAUAGAUCUGAUACGCACCCCCACAAUAAAGAUAGAAGGAGUACCUUCGGCCGGCAAGGGAGCGAGUCUGAGGUGUCCCUCGACGACAAACGGACACUGUUAUCCCGAGGCAACUCGAAACAGUCCGUAGAAUCGACCGCGUCCAAUAGAUCACGAAGAUCAGAUCGAUCGCCCCAUGAUGCCACACCACAUAACGACGAGGCCAAGUCCGAGCCGGGGAGUGAAGGUAUGCUCUCACCAGGUGAAAAGCCGAGCAUGCGAACGUCGCUCGAAAGUCGUUUAGAUCUGUUCAACACCGUACUAGCCACACACGCACGAAAAGAAAACGAGUCCAAGAAGGUCCAGGCCGAACUCACGGGCGACGGGGAACCGAACGCCUGCACGAUCGAUCCCCAGUCACCCUUUAGAAUUGGCUGGGACCUCACCACGGCCAUCUUUUUAGUAUAUGUGGCCUUCUGGGAGCCCUUCAACCUCGGAUAUGUGGGCGAGUGCGCGCGCUUGGACAUCAGCCACGCGGUCUUCAACAAGAUGGCGCGCCGCGGCGUCCGGACGCCUUCACAAUGACACUCACGCCAUCCCCCCGCGCAGAUGGACGCCUUCUUCCUCGUCGACCUCUUCGUGAACUUCAACACGGGCUUCGUGACGGCCGACGGGGAAGUAGUGAUGUGUCCUCGAAGAUCAGUGAAGAACUACCUGUGGACGUGGUUCCCGAUCGACUUCGUAUCUAGUAUCAGUCCGGUGCUCGAUUACUUCAUCUGGUGGGCGGCGCGGGGCACCAUCGUCAUGCCGGGCAAGGGCUUCAAUGGACUCAGUGGACCGCCGUCGACGUGCGACGGCGGCGCGAACGGCCUCGCGAUGGCUCGGUUGUUAAAGAUCGGCCGCAUCUUCAAGAUUUUCAAGGUCCUCAGAAUUGCGAAAUUAGUAAAAAUGGGCAACGACAGCGCUGACUCAGUGUCUGUUUCUCACGUUUUCCGACCUUCAACGUUGGGAAGAUGGCGUCUCCGUGGUCUCCCGCGGCCGUGUCGCGACGGUGUCGGUGCCACGCAGGCGCCAUCGCCGAGUUCAUCGACGACUUCCUCAUGUCGUCGGCCUCGAAAACGGCGAUGAAGCUGAUCAAUAUCGUCGCAUUUACCGCUGUUUUCGCGCACUUUAUGAGCUGCUUCUUUGCGGCCUGUGGCCUACAUGCGUGGGAGGCCUACAACCCGUUAGAAGGUACGUCACUCGCUGAAAGUGAGUAUGACCUGGAGCUCGACCAAGCCGGGGAGGAGAAUCGUCACAGAGCAAGGGGCCCGGCGGGCGACUGGACGCGGCUGCGACAGUACUUGGUUGGCUUGUACUGGGCCAUCACCACCAUCUCCACCGUAGGAUAUGGCGACUUCGUGCCAGUGACGGACAAGGAGCGCGCCUACGCCAUAUUAGCGAUGUUCAUCGGCUCGGGCUUCUACGGAUAUGUGGUGGCCCAAGCGGCGAACAUCAUCUCCAACUCCGACGCGGACCGGGCGAAGUACUACGAGAAGAUGGAUUCCGUACAGGUCCGGCUCGGUGUCUUGUAUCUUGAAUUUGGGGGUCUGUGGCGCCUUCACUUCACUGAUGCGACUCGUAUCAUGUUGUGGGUGGUCUCUGGUCCGAGUUUGGGGCCAUUCGGACCGCGUCGGGACCGUUUCCAGUGAACGAGUCGCGACGCGGUCCGAACCGGCCCAAAUUCGGACCAGAGACCACCCAUCGCCUUCUCUGAUGGAGACGAGUCGCGUCGACCAUCAGAUAAUCACGUUUCGACGCGACGCGCCGCGCAGGUGUGGAUGAAGCACCACAGGUUUCCCAGUCGCAUCCGGAGGCAGAUCCGCAUGUAUUAUAGAGCUUACUACUCCCAGCGGCUUUGUAUCGACGAGCAGGAUUUGAUGUCGGAUUUGAAUCCGGCGCUGAAGCAGACGAUUGCGGAGUUUUUGUUACAUGAGUUGGUCGUGACGCACCCGAUCUUCGCGAAACUCCCGGAAGGUUUGAUGUCGAAGUUCAUUACCUUGGUGAGGCAAACUAGAGCUAAACUCGGCGACGAGAUCGUCGUGCAAGGGGAAGAGUCGAGGUCCAUGUUCGUCAUCAGCAAGGGUUUAGCUGAAGUGUCUAUAAUUGAUUGGGACGCUAGAACAGUGAGCAAAGCGCCAUUGCCCGAGGGCGAGUCCUUUGGGGAAUUAUGUGCUCUGAACAUGAUCUUCGUGAGCGACAUCACCGUCGUCGCGAAGACGGAACAAUUGGAACUUUUUGUCAUCAACCUCGAGGACAUGGUGCGAUCGCGGCGUUUUGAGGUGUUGCGGCGCCUUCACGCCAUCGAGGCGACUCGUGUCCAUCAGACGAGGCCGGGGGUGGUCUCAAUUUCGAUGUUGAGGCCGUUCGGACCACGUCGGGGCCGUCGCGGCGUGUCGGAGAGAGAGCGGUCGGGGCGACGGCGUGAGGUGGCUCGCACCGACGCGGUCGCCGCGAAGGCGUCGGCGCGAUGCCGCAUGAGAGUCUACACGCCUCGGGAGUGCACAGAGGCAGUUUCGUGACGCCGCCGUUCCGCGCAGGGCAUCGCGCUCGGUAAACUGGAGACCGAGGACCAGGAGUCCUUCGCGUCGAUCAAGGAGGCCGCGGCGAAAUUGCACGCGCGGCAGAUGGCGCGGUGGCGGCGGAAGCCCGAGCCGCUGCCGCCGCCCGGUGUGGACGACGACCGUUUGGCGACGAUCCCGGGGUCGACGCCGGCGACGCCCAACACGUCAAGAGGUGAGAUCGAGCUCGUGGUUCCCGACGACCAGUCGCCUUUGUCGUCGCUCGUCGAGCGGCGGUCGCUGGAGGACUUCCCCGGCAACCCAUGAAAGUACCCUUACCCCUGUGACUGCUAAGAACAU